GGUAAAUCAUCUGGACACUGGGUCUCACUAUCGCCAAAUAUAUUUGGAGAUCGGCUUCGGCUACGGCUUGGCAGACAUUUUUUUCUUUCUACAAUUUUAAAUUAAAUUUAUUAGAAUAAAUGCUUCGAACACACGCGAUCUAAGUACCUUUUGUGUUUAUUAUACCUUACCUACCUAGGUAUAAAAAGAGUACUUACGUAGAUUUUCUUUUAUUAACUGUUUUAUACGAAGAUCUUGAUCUCUCAAAUUAGCAUCCAUUUUACUUCCAGUGAUUAUCAACUAAAUUAAUAAUCCACAAAGUAUUAAAUAACGUUUUUAUGAAAUAUUUAGCACAAAAACAAUACCCUUUAAAUAUCGAUCGUCAGUAACUGUGGCUGACUUACCUAUAUUCUAGCAAGCAGGACUGCCAGAUGUGAAGGGGAAAUCCCCAAUAAAUUGUUGCAUGUGACUGAUGAUGUGAGCAUGUUCGUUUCAUAAUAAAAAUGUUGCCAGGUAACCAAAAAGUCGUAUGUUUUUGUGCGAAUUACGAUCAUAAUCUUUACGAUCGUACAUUAAAAAAUAGACAAAUAAUAGUAUGAGUACGAUUUAAAUCGUAUAUCUGUCAACCCUGCUAGCAAGACAGCGACAAAAUCACGUUGCAUAACAAUGUAGCCCAAGCUUAUAUCUUAUGAAAUAUACGGAAGAGAUACGGACUUAGAAAAAACAGAAAUGUUGUUCUUUGUGGAAGUCAUUGAUGAAAUUCUAUGUAUUUUAGCCCGCAAACUUUCUUCAAACAAAAACAGCGCCAUCUAGUAUCGAGUUCUGUAAUUAUCUCUUUGUUUAUGGAUUUGAAGUAAGACCGCCACGCAUGCAAUACAUUAUGACUGGGGAUUCCCCUAUUCGUCGACGCUGAAUAUGAGGCGACGACAAUCACUGUCAAACGUGUUCACUAUUACUCUGACUCUGGUAACGUGACUUCCUGGUAACGUGUUAGGUAGGAAAAGCAGUAAAAAAGUGCAUAUUAAGGGAGCAGAUUUGAAAUAAUAUUUAUACUUAACAAGAAAUAAUUAAAGGUUCAAUGGGGAGACCUAAAGAUUUACGCAUAUGGGAGCACUACCGUACUUUACCAAACAAGUCUGUUUCUUGCAAGCUUUGUAAUAAGGUCUACAAAUUCAGUAAUGCUGCCAAAAUGCUUCAACAUCUUAUCACUUGUCCAAAAUCUCCAGAAACAUUAAAAGACUCUAUGAAACUUAUAAAAGAUAGCUCGUCCAAAACCAAAAUGUCUGGACUGUCAGAGAUAGAGACAAAUGAUUCUUUUAUAAGCCCCUCGUCGUCUGCUAACACUACAAUAAAUGCUGAGUUUCAAGACACCGAUGAUCAUAUAAAAACAGAAUUAGCGAGAGCUAUAUUUGUAACAGGGACGCCAUUAUCGAUGGUGCAACAUCCUUUAUGGAUACAAUUUUUCGAAAAAUUGCAACCAAAAUUUAAAAUACCUUCACGUAAAGCUUUAGCGACAAAAUACUUAGAUAAAAUAUAUAGAGAAAUGCGUUUUGAGUUAAAUGAGGAACUAAAUGCUUGUAGUUACUUACACCUUCAGUGCGAUGGCUGGUCUAAUUUAAGAAAUGAAGGAAUAAUAAACUUUCUUAUAUCAAAACCUCAACCUGCAUACGUUAAAAGUUUGAAUACAGAAAGUAAUCCUCACACUAGUGAAUACCUUAGCCAAGAAGUUGAAAAAGUAAUGAAAGUGUAUGGAGCAAAUAAGUUUCUUGUACUUAUUGGCGAUAACGCUAGAAAUAUACAAAAGGCAUUCGAAUUAACAAAACUCAAAUAUCCACAUGUUGUUCCUCUCGGUUGCUGUGCACAUAUCCUUAACUUGUUGUGCCAAGAUAUUGUAAAGAUACAAGAAGUAACUGUGUUUAUUAUGCAAGCCAUAAAUAUAAUAAAAACUGUUAAAAGGAGUCAACGAUUAAGUUCCUUGUUGAUAAAAUCAAGGCAGGGUGAAGAUUCUACACAAACACUAAAAUUGCCUUGUGCUACAAGAUGGGGAAGUCAUGUUACUUCGUUAAAAAGUUUGAAAGCAAAUAAGAUAGCUUUGCAAAUAUUAACAGUUAGAGAAGAUGUGGUAAUUUCAAGAGAUAUUAAAGAUUUAAUUCUAAGUGAUGAUUUCUGGACGAAGACAGGGGAAUGUAUAAGUAUUUUGGAACCAGUCACUGAAAGCAUAUUUUACUUAGAGAGCGACCAGAAUCGUUUGCAUCGCACAUACAUUACAUUUAGAGAUGUACAAGCUAAGAUACGUUUUGCAUUAAAUGAGAUUUCGACAUUGAGCGAAGAAAGCAAACAGCAGAUUCUAACAUCAGUAUCUUCAAGAUGCAAUAUGGCAAUGAGGCCAAUACAUUUUGCAGCAUAUAUUCUAGACCCCAGGACUCUAGGAGUCGAACUUACUCAAGAGGAAGAACUUAAGGGUAUGGAGUUUAUCUACAAUUUAAGCCAACACUUAAGUUUGUCAAAUGUAAUGGCAGAUUUGGCGUGUUAUAAAGCUAAAGAAAACUUUUGGGCCAGAGGAUUUGUAUGGAGCUCAUUAGAUAGCAUUGAGCCCCUAAUAUGGUGGAAAGGUAUUUGUGGUUCCACUGAGUUAAGCAAAGUAGCGAUUCGUAUUCUAUCAGCUCCCUGUACUUCGGCAGCCACUGAGCGUUCCUUUAGUAUCCAAGGCUACAUACAUAAUAACAAAAGAAAUCGACUUACAACUGAAAGAACUGAAAAAAUUUCAUUCAUUUGUUAUAACUGGAAUCUUAAACAUAAAGCUGAAUGCGAGGACAUUCAGUUUAAUGAAGAAAAUACCUUAGAAGCUUUCAUUGAGCAAGUAAAUGAACAUAACAGUUUAGACGAAAUAGAGCCUAUCGAACCUAUACAAUUCAUCGCUUGUAAUAACUCUGAAUCUGACAGUGAUUGACUGUAGUUUUACAUUUUACUUUCAUCUCUUUCUUAAUAAACUCAAAAUCAAAUUAAAAGUUUUUUAUUCUGUAGGCUGCAUAAUAAUAUUGUCUAUGUCCAGUAUAGUGGACGUCUUGCGGCUGAGAUGACGAUGAUGAAGUACAAAAUCAUAAACACCCAAAAAUUUGGGUGUUUAUGGGGUUUAAACCCAAUAAACCCAAAACACCCGGUUUUUACCCACCAGACUUUAAACCCACCCAGGUGGAUUGCCCAUCUCUACUAACCAACGUUGGUAAGUGGUGCGAGCGAGAUAGAGCGAGUGUGAAAGGGAGGCGCGAACUAUUCUGAGUAGCACUCUUGGGUGCCUAUUUAUUUUUCAAUUAAACUUAAUUCUAUUAAAUACAAACUAUCUAUUUAUAAUUAUUCUUAUUUCUACUUAUGAGAAGUAAAACACGAUACAAAGAAUAGUUUAUUUAACUUAAAAGCUAUGAGAAAAAACAAACUUAGAUCUAUUAUUUACAACUAACUAUAAAACGUAACAAUUACAAGAUAAAUAUCGUAAAUAACUAUGAAUAUCGCGAACAGUUAGCUUAUCGUGAUGAAUACACCUAGAAUUCAAUAUGAUGAUGUCCAGGGGGUACUACGUAGUCGUAUUGCUAGUUAUUGAAUCCUUAGUCUCUAUUAGUAACAAUCCCUUCCCCUACCCUUCCAAUUGCUUGUGGCAUUGACCUUGCACAGCUGAUUCGCGGUAGAAUUUUAAUAUGUACGUAUUAGUGUUUUUGGUAUUUAGUAUUUCACUAUGAAAUAUUUAUAUUAUAACAUAAUAUCAUCAUAUCAUUACGUUUCUAAAUGAAAAAAAGGAAGGGGAAAAAUUGAAUUUUUCUAGAAAGAAUUUCCACUGAUUUUUAGUUUGAAUCCACGGUUUCUGUUUUUGCCAACCUGUCCUUUACACUCUGUAUAACGCACACCUCUAGCGAGAUGCACCUAUACAGCGUUGAUUUUUAAGUGGCCUCCAUUAACUUACCAUAACUUCAGCACUCGUGCGUAUUGCUCAAUACUUAUAUUUCAGUGUAAGACUUCAUAUAUUGAAUAGAAAAAAAAAACAAAUUAAAAAAGAAAAAGAACAUUCCAAAUACAAAAUUCAGUGUUACCUGUUGUUACCAAUGAGAGUUGUCAGACCUCAUUACUAACAAUAUUUUCCCCCCCUGCCUAUUGCUAGUAAAAUACCCUAUCAGAACUUUAAUAAAAUGCAAUUUCACAUGACAAUAUGUAUAUUUAAGUCUAAGACAUGAAGGUGUCACAUGUUAAUAUGUUUUUUAAAAUAUGUACGUGAUGAGGUUGUAAUCUCUCUCUCUCUCCAAUUAAUAUGAUUUACUUACAAUAUUUGUCUGACUGUUUCUUACAGUUUCUUAUAAAAUAAUCCGUUGGAGCGAGGAUGGUACGGUAAUACCCGAAUAUGCAAAAGUCCAAUAUUUUUCAAACUUAUGCGAUGUAAAUUGUGGACCAUUGUCAGAUACAAUAAUCUUGGGUAGGCCGAAGGUAGUAAAUAUUCUAUCCAAUUUAGUACAUAGUUUUACUGUAGUAGUUUUAGUCAUUGGUCGUACUUCAAUCCAUUUCGAUAAAGCAUCAUCUACUACUACCCAAUAUUUCCCUUCGAAAGGACCAGCAAAAUCAAUAUGAAUUCUUAACCAAUUUUUCUCUGGGAUAGACCAAGAGUAAAUUGGGAGUUCUGGAUCAUUCGGCCUGUUUUCUUGACAUUUAUGGCAAAGUUUAUCUUUAUCUUCAUCUAUGGAGGGCCACCAGACAACAUCUAUUCAUAGCUCGGAUAGCAGAUGUGCCUGGAUGACCUUGAUGGAGGUAGUAUAAUACAGCUUUUUCUAUCCCUUGUGGAAUUAUAAUUCUUCCUCCCCAUUAUAAUUUUAUUUUCGAUGACAAGUUCUUCACGUUUUCGAUAGUAAGGUUUUAGAUGACUAUUAUAUUCAUUGACAUUAUAUUCAAGUUUAAUGUUUGGAUACGGAUGGAGGACGGGAUCUUUUUGUCUACUGUUUAAUCAAUUUCUCUGAAAGCGUAAAAUCAAUAAUUUUUACCCCUUGCAGUCGUGUACCUAUUUUGUAUACAGUUUGUUCACCUUCAGACGGUAUUUGGUCAAAGUUCUUUCGAUAUUCAAUGUGAUAAUUAUAACGCCCAAUUGCUAACGCCCAUCUCACCAAUCUGUUAUUAACAAGUUUAGGCGAAUUUCUUUGUGGGCCUAAAAGGUAGAUUAAAGGUUUGUGGUCUGUAACUAAUGUAAAAUGGACUCCUCUUGAGAACUGAUCAAAUUUAUUGAUACAAAAGUAGAUGAUUAAUGGUUUCCGGUUUAUUACAGAGUAUUUGCUUUUUGCAGGUUUUAAUGUUCUAGAAGUGUAUGCGACCGGUUGUUCAAUAUUGUGUUCUUUGCGGAAAAGAACAGCCCCAAGUCCUUUUUCGGAAGUAUCACAUGCUAGAUAAAGCAUUCGUUUAUCGUCAAAAACUAUCAGAGGUCUUAUUUUUGUUAAGCAAAUUUUCACCUUUUCAAAUGUGGUUUGUAAUUCUUUCGUCCAUUUCAAUUUUUUCGUGAAGAUAUUAACUCGUGCAAUUCUGAACAAAGAGUAUGUAAGUGCGAAAUGAAUCGUUCAUAAUAGUUGACCAUUCCUAAAAUAGAUCGUAGUUCUUUAGUAUUGUUUAGUAUUGUUUAGUGCUGGAGCUUUAGCGAUUGCAUCAUUUUUAUUGUCUUAGUUGGAUGUAUACUACGUGCGUUAAUUAUGUGUCCAAGAUAUUUAAUUUCGGGUUGGAGAAAAAUUCAUUUUUUUAAGUUAACUUUGAGGCCAACUUCUGGCAAUUUUUUGAAUACUGACGUCAGAGUCUUUAGGUGUUCGCUGUUAUUUUUCCCUGUUACUGCAAUGUCAUCGAAGACAACUGUAUUCGGAAUGUUGUCUAGUAGUGACAAUAUCCCGAGCAUGACUCGAAAUGGCAGAUUGUGUCACAUGCUUUGCAAUUAUGAUUUAUGGUUUUGCAUUCAUAAUUACUAUAUUUCUGUUUAUUUUCACAUCUGAAGCAGUGGUCUUUUUUGAGUUUUGGGUUGAUAACAUUAUUAUUUUUGUUGUUCGUACGUUUAUGUUUAUUGUCUCUUAUUCUUCUAAUGUUAUUCUAGUCUUAUUUAUAUUUAAUGUAAUAUGAUUAUUCUCAUAAUAUUUAAUUAAAUUAUCUAAAUCUAACUGCAAAUUCAAGCAAUCUUAUUUAGUAUUUAUUUUACGGAAAAUGUUUUUAUCGUCCGCAUACAUAAGAUAAUUAGAAUUAAAUUUAAAACUAUCGACUAUGUCAUAUAGGAACGCAUUAUAAAAUAAUGGUCCUAAAUGUGAGCCUUGGGGCACUCCUGUAGGAAUUUUCAAAAAGUCGGAUCGAUAUCCACCAACCACAACAGCUUGUGAACGGUUCAUUAGGUACGACUGUAUCCAUCUCAGUAAAUCAUCCCUAAUAUCUAACUCAAAUACCUUUUAUAACAAAAUGACAUGAUCCACACGAUCAAAAGCUUUUUCGAAAUCAGUGUAAAUCACGUUAACCUGUCCACCUCCAUCCAUAUUUGAUAGUACAAAGUCAAAGAAACAAGUGAGAUUUGUCACCAUCAAACUACUUCUGAGAAAACCAUGUUUAUGAUUAGAGAUACCUUUUUUGAUAACAGGAUACAGCAGAUUAUAUAUUAUUUUUUCAAAUACUUUUCCGAUUGUAUUUAAUAUAGAAAUACCUCUAUAAUUUUCGACAUAUGUUCGAGAUCCUUUUUUAUGAAUAGGCACUAUAUAUGCCUUUUUCCAAAUUGAGGGAAAUACGCCUUCUUUUAAUGACAUAUUAAAAAUAUUCGAAAUAAGAAGGGCCAGAGAUGAUGCACACGAAGACCAGAAUAUAGGUAGAGUACCAUCACUGCCUGAGCUUAUGGAUGUAUUGAGUGCCUUCAAUUGCCUGUCCACUACUGCUACUGAAAUAUGCAUCUUAAAUAUGGAGUCUUUGCUCUCUUUAUUGUUUUGAACUUUAGUUGAGAAUCAGUCGAAAUUGGUUUUCCAAAUACACUUUUAAAAAACAUGUUAAAUGCGUUACAAAUUUGAUUGCUGUCUUUGUAUUUAGAUCCCUCAUAUGAUAGCAUGCUAGGGUAAUUAGAGCUACCGCGCAUUCUUUUUGUAUAUGACCAUAAAACUUUUGGUUUAGUUUUAAUACUAGUUUGAAUAUUACUAAUAUAUGUAUUGUAACAACGUUUUUAAAAAAUUUUUUGUCUUCUGCGUAAUAAGGUAAAUUCAUCAUAGUUACGUCGGUUUCUGUUAUUUUCCAUUUAGCGUGCACUUUCAUCUUUUCAUGAAUUAUUUUUAUAAGUACCUGACUAUACCAAAUGGGAUAUGAAAUAUUAUUACGGCUUUUAGUUUGUGGUACAUGUUUAUCUAUAGCUUUUUCUAUAAUGUGAUACAGCGCUGUGGUCAUAUCACCCACAUUUCUAAGUGAUGAAAACGUACUCCAAUCAUAUUUACGGAAAUAAUCAUUUAAUGCGACGUAAUCUGCUUUCAUAAAAUUUCGCUUUAAUGAUAUCGAUUCAUUUAAAGGUGAUAUUGUUAGAUCGUAUAUAUCUAUGGUGAAAAUUGGAUGAGCUAAAUCUAAUCUUACCAAUGAUCUGUCACAUGGCUUAAUAUUUAAUGGUAAAUUACAAAAUGCCAAGUCUAAUGUGUUUCCAGCGUAAUUUUGUAAUAUAUUAUACUGUGUUAAAUUCAGAAGACUAUCUUCUUAAGACUGACUUCAGAAGACUAGUAUACAUAUAGAUUAAAAUAAUUUAUCAACGGAGCUAAUUUGGCGAGAAUUAGAGCGGCUUCUGCACCUGAGUCGGGCUUGUGGCUCCAUGCAUUACCAUCGCCUCAAUUGGGAACUCUUCUCGACGACAACUCUUUGCAUAUUGCAAUGGGACUCAGAUUGGGACGCAAUAUUUGUGAACAGCAUCGGUACAUUUAUGGGGCACUUUUGGAUUGCAUGGGUCAUCACGGACUGAGCUGCUUAAGGUGUACUGGAAGGUUUCCUAGACACCAUGCUUUCAACGAUAUCAUCCGAAGGGCAAUGCGUAGUAGUGAUAUCCCUUGAGUACUGGAGCCACCUGGUCUAAAUCGGUCGGAAGGGAAACGGCCUGAUGGUCUGACUUUCGUGCCUUGGAAGAGGGGGCGCUGUUUGAUAUGGGAUGCAACUUGCGUGAGCACGUUUGCUGUGUCUCAUCUGCGGGAUACGACUUGUGUGGUUGGUUCGGCCGUAGAAACUGCGGCUAGAAUCAAUCAUUCAAAGUAUAAGAUUCUCGAACCAGCUUACAUCUUCAUUCCCGUUGCUUUUGAGACUACGGGUGUAUGGGGAGCGGCAGCAAAAUCCUUCAUAAAAGAGUUGAGUCUGUGCAUUGCGGAUAAGGGUCAUGAUCGCGCUUCUGGUUCGUAUCUGGCUCAAAGGAUAUCUCUGACAAUCCAACGCGGAAAUGCCGCAAGUGUCAUGGAGACCUUUGGGUCGGGUACGGACCAUGAAUGGGACUGAUAAUUUUUUUUUUGUGAUUCUGUGAAAUGUAUUAGUUUCAUAUAUAUUUUAUAGAUUAUGAAGUAAAUAAGCUCAUAAUUCACAUUUAUUAAUAAUAUGUUUAGAUGUUAUUGUAAAAUCUCUAUUGUACUGAAUUAAUUAUGUAUUGUGUUGAAAAAAAAUACGCUAUCAAACAUUAUUAAAAUAACACUAAAGUAAUUCAAAUAAACCUUUUAUUUAAUUGUAAUUUACUGACAUAAAUUUUAUAAUUAUAUGAUAUAUAUUUUGUGGAUAUAUGUGAGUUAUAUGUUUCCAAUCGAUAAUAUUGCAAAAAUAUAUUAAUAGUAUUAAUGAUAUUGUAAAAGUAAAAUCGAGACGUGUAACUUAAAUCGUCAUUGCUUGUUGUAAUAACCAUUUCAAUAUUGAGACCGGCAGUAUGUCCAUACGUCACCACAAUAAAUAACUGCAAAACAUAAGAUAAUACACGUACAAAAUAUUUCAAAUUUAUGUGUGUUUUUAAAUCUAAUCGAUAAAAAAACCAUAUUUUUUCUGUGAAUACCGACAUAGAAAUUUGUUCAUUUGUAGUAAAGGAUAAGAACAACUAGAUGUGACUCGCUCAGUAAACAUCAUCUGCACAUAAG